AUGACUCGGGCCUUGACUUGCGACGUUCUAGCUCUCAUCAUUGAACAACUAGUGGGAAACAAACAUAGACUUUUCGAAAUCUCUUUCCUGUCAAAAGAAAUUUAUUCGCUGGUGCUACCUGUACUGUAUCGGUCAAAUGAUUUUCUGGACCUAGCGGAAGCGUUGCAUUUUUGCAAUGCAAUUACUCAUCAUUCAAAAUCACCCGGACGUUUUGUUCAUACGCUUUACCUUCAGGUUUCAUUCUGGGGAAUCCCCAGCUCUCCAAUAACACCUGAUCCGGCAGUAUUCGAGUUUAUUCGGUCAUCGCUCAAUCUGAUGCCAAACCUUCGAGAGUUAUCACUUUUUGGAUUCAGCCUGUUUAGCCCAAUGGAUUUAUCCGGGUCUCCUUUCAAACUGAAGUCUCUUCUAAUAAGCCCACCCACCGAUAUACACAUCGCCAAGUUUAUUAGUAGCCAGCCGACCAUCGUCGAUCUCAACAUUACCUCCUUCACGCUCACUCGCCAAUGCGUCAACAUCGAUCAUUUUAUUGAUCCAACAAUGCUUCCUGAUCUGCAUACUAUUACUGGUUGUCCAGGACUUAUCGCGUCCCUGGCUCCCGGACGCCCACUUACCAAUGUUAUUAUACGGCCGUGUCAUGUACACGACUCCAAUAAGGCCGAUAUCAUCAAAUAUAUUGCUUCCUUGGAUCACACAACUGCACCUAUUCAAAGCCUACAUUUUGACUCCGACGACCGUCCUGAGUUCAGCGGUUGGGAUUUCGUUGAGUGUUUAAAAGCUACGGGGAUACCCUUGAGCUUGGUAUGCUUAACUGUUAAAGCCAACCUACUGGACUUUGCGACCCAGCAGGCAAAAAAUCCAAGUUACCUGACCGAAAUCGCGCAGGUGCUUCAAGGAUUCGCCUGUCUCCAAUAUUUUGAAGUGGAAGAGGCUGUUCAAGGUCUCAUCCAAGAGCAGCUAUCAGCUCAUGAGGUUAUUGAUAUGGUAUUUGCCGUAAUUGAGCGACAAGCUAACCUCAAAGAUUUAUGGAGGCAGAAUUGUCCCAGUUUGACCAGUGUCAAACUCUUUGACAAAACGAUAUUCUAA